CGGAUGCACGUCCACACACAGACGUCCACACACACACAUGCACACACGCAGCGACCGUCAUCUCGCAAAUUGCUGCUGGCUUAGACACACACUCUAACUAAUAUAUGCUCACUUGAAUUGCCGAGCACAAUCACUCACCCGCGCUAAUUAGCAGCUAGCUCUCAUCGGCCAGCCAAUCAUUCCUUUCUGCCAGCCUGCCUCUCUGCCCCUCGGUCGUCGGCCGAUGCCUUCCAAUGGGCGAAUUUGCUCCACAUCUUGCCGCCCUCUGGUAUCGCCGGCAUGUUAAUGGCCACCCUGUCCUUCCACUCCGUCACAGACUGACCCGUCACCGUCAAUGCCGAAGUCACUCGGCUGGACACCUGGUCACGGAGGAAGCUUGUCAGCGGACCCGACGGCACCGUAGGCUGCAUGCCGUUGACUGCACUAGCCGAAGCCGCUGCGGCACCGUCCCUGCCCCCAAACGGCGAUCUGAAUGGGGGCGGUGGUGAGGUGGCAAACCGAGAUGCCGGCCCGCCAUACAGCGGCGUUGACGCCACCGGCAGCAGGGGGAAUCGGGGCGCCACGGGGUUGAGAGUGGGUGCGUUCUGACUGGGCACCUGGACGGCACCGGAGGGCUGGAGGGAGUCUGUGGACUGCUGCUGAGUGGGGGGCGCGGGAGUGGGGUGCUGCCGGGUGUGUGCGACGGGGGGGUUGCUUGCGAUGUAUUGAUGCGCUGGGUUGUAGAGGAAUAGGGGCGAUAGCAGGGAAGCGGUCCCGCCAGCAAAUUGCUGAGCGCAACUCCUGCACGAACGAAACAGAAGAUACAUCAUCUCACAUGAAGAAUGUCGUCAGGGCACCUCGCCCGUCUCACCUGAUGGUUGUCUGGUAAGUCAUGCGAUCAACAAGGUCCUCGAAGUAGUGCCCCUCCAUCAGUGACAGCAGGUGGUUCAGCGACAUCACCCACCCGAUGCUGCCCUCCUCACGCACAGUAGCUAGCGACGAUAGAGAGGGAGAGGGGCCGUCACCCACCUGGGGCGAUGCAGCCGUCACUGCUUCCCGGGCUGGUGGUGGGGGUGGUGGGCGUGUGAGGUCAGUCUUGUUGCCGAGCAGCCACGCGGGGAGCUUGCAGGACAGGGCCAUCUUCAGGAAGGACAAGUCGAACAAAACCUGACACACAAGUGGUCACCAGGCAGAGAUCCGAACUGAAACGCCGUGGGUGUCUCGUCUUGAUUGGUUGGCUACCUGAAGUGCAUGGCCGAAUGACGGCAGGGUCAGCUCUUGGCUCGCCCCGGGGGCUACCGACUGCUGCGUGGUGGCCGGCUCCCGUUCCCCUCGCCGCCACUUGUGCACGAGGGCUGGUGGGAGGGCCGUGGUGUAGAGGUCCAUGCAGAAGCAGGCCAACGCCGUCUUGACGCCAUACAGCAACUCCAGCGACACGUCACCCCGCCUGGCCAUCGCACAACACACACAAGGCGAUAGGUUCACCCUCCACAGCACACCACCCACAAACCUACCUUGUGUUGAGGCAGACCUUGAGCAGCCUCUUGCAGAUGAGCAGGCACAGGUCGAAGAUGUACGCGCACACCUGCACGGGCACUCCCACCUCGCCCUUCCCCUCGCCACCACCCUCACCCUCCAUCGCCACCGCCGCCCACGACGCACCAGCACCCAAUGGCGGCGAGUCGAGCGACGGCGACUCAGCAGUCAGCAGCGCCCUGAAGGAGUGCCGCACAAACUCCGUCUGCGCGUUCAGGAUGAGCUGUGUCCAGGCAGCGUAUGCGCAGUGGACUGCUCGCGACAGGAGGGUGAGCAGGCCGGCUCGGUAGGGCAGCAGCGAGGGGUAGAAGUCUGCUUGCGAGAGGAGGUGGGCAAGGUGGGUGGCUGAGGGGGACGACCGGGCGGAUAUGCCCAUGCGGACGCCGCGAGAGGGCUGGGGUGGGGCAUGGGCGGCCUGCACACAGAGCAGAGGGACACAGGAAGGAAGGGGAAACAAGCCGUCAUCUUCUGUGCGCUCUUCCUCUUCGGGUUUGUUGGCUGACCUGUGAUGCCUGCAGGAGGUCAUCAAGAUUGCCUGCCAGCACCACCAGCCUCGUCCUAGAGUGCCGCCACCUGUCCAGUAGCACCUCCACGCCUCUCUCCUUCUCCCCCUGGUCCACUUCCUCCUUCCACAGCCGGCGCCGCAGCUCCCUGUCCAGCAGCCGCCACAGGGCGUGCAACACCACUGCAAGUGACGCCUCUGUGAGACCCUCCUCCUGCGCCACUCCCCCCUCCGUCACUGUCGCGGCAUCUGCGAUGAUGUCACCGAUCUGUGCGUCGAAGUCGGCGAUCCAUCCUCGCUGGUCGGUGGGAGGGUGCUCCUGUUGCCCGAUGCCGAUGGUGGAGGACCGUCUCUCGCCGAGUCGUGAGGUGGAUCGUCUGAGGAUGGCCUCGCCGAUGGGCCGCCAGCUGCUGGGGCCGCGAGUGGGGGGAAUGUCGAGGUCGUCCUCGUCUUCCGCCUCCUCGUCGGGGAGCAGCCCCCCCUUCUCCCUCACAUCGUCCUCGGGCAUGCCUGACGCAAGCCACCCCACACAAACACAGACAGACAGAUAUGUCGGCGUGUGUGUGUGUGUGUCUUCGUUGCGUGGUGCUGGUGGUGGCGCUCACCGAAGUCCAGCGGUAUGGCCGCUAUCCUCCUCUCAAUGAUCUCCCUGGCGUGCUCGACAUAGCUGAGCUCAAAGCUGCCCCACAGGUCCACCACUGGCUCUACAGGAGGGGGAACAGCAGCGCUGCCACCGCCGGCCUGUGUGGUGAUGGUGGCACAAAGGCCCCGCCAUGUCGGCGGCCAUGGCGCGGCCUGGUCCGCUGGCUGCUGCUGGCCGCCCUCUGUUGUUGCGAGCUGAUCCGUUAACUCCCGUCUGCGAGCAGCGAUCGACGAACGCACCUGGAGCGACGGACAAGGAACCGGCCAAUGUGACAGACACACGCAUGCCGCAUGAGUGUGUUUGUUCUAGUGAGGUGUGCUCACCGUGCUGGUGAGUUGGUGCAGGUGUUUGCAGUAGAGGUCCUCCCUCAUGGCAAGCUGCAGCAGCAGCCCAUCCAGGUGCUGCUCCACAGCCCCGCCCCAACGCGACAGGAACCCGCUGGCCACCGUCGCCAGCGCACCCCUCACCCUCGCGUCACUCAGGUACCCCUGCAGCCGAUCCACCGACGGAAGCACCGUCGGCCGCGACAGGUCGGUCCAGAACCGGAGCGCCUCAUCGCCAUGCGUCAUUUCGAAGGCCAGGGAGGCCGAUGGGGGGCUGGCGGGCGGUCCCGAUGUGACCGCCUGGCUGGUCUGGUGGGUGUAAAUGUCCCUCUCGAGCGCUCGGACGAUGGCAUAAGACGGCGGGCUGGCGGAGGGGAGGAAGGCGCACUUGGCCAUAACGAUGGUCGCCUCAAAGACGUAGAUGGUGGCCGUCACGUGGUCAGCGAUCUCCUCGAGAGCCGUCUCGAUCGACGGCGGCUCUGCCUCCUCCUCCACCCCCUCCUCCUCAAUCGCAGGCAGCAAAGGCGGCCGCCCCUCAUCCAUCGCACCUGCAGCACCAGCAGCCUUCCGCGGGGCCGUCCACGACGACAAGUCAGUGGUGCAGAGGGCCUGCAGCAGCUCGCUACGCUUGGCCAUGAACUGCCGCAGCAGCUGGGUGCCGGCGGUUGCCUCGUGCUGGGCGAACGGCUGGCUGCCGGGCAGAGUGGGCGAGAGGGAGAGGGAGGGUGAAGGGGUGAGGAGGAGGAUGGCCGCCAGGCAGUCCACCGCAUGCACCGCUGUGAGGGCGACCGAUGCGAGGGACUCGACACAGUCGGCCACCAGUCGCUGCGGCAGGUCCUGGAACUGCGACCGGUUCUGCCGCACCAGCUGCUCCACACUGAUGUCUGUCGGCGACGGCGAGGACGCUGGGAGGGAGGGGGGCGGGGGAUGGGCCGCCCAGCUCUCCUCGAUGCUGCGGCGCAGUGACGGCGCCUCGAUGAGAAUGAGGCUGGUGGCCUCGAGGAAUCUGUGGUCGCGUAGCUUGGCCCAGACGGCAGCCGACAGCUCCAGCAGGUACUUGAGCUUCUUUGCCGUCUCGAAGUGUGCCGCUGUGGCCUGGAAGGGGUCCUCUUCGUCGGCCCGCCGGCCGCCCAGUGACUCACUCGCCAGCUCACGGAGCGACUUGGUGAGUUGCAGGAUGUGUGCCGACGAGUCCUGGGCGGUCCGUGCGUGUGUGUGCAUCUUCGCCAGCAGGUCGGAGCUCUCGAUGACAUCUCGGUAGCGGGCUCCCACCAGCUGGCGGAUCUCCUCCGACUUGCCCUUGAUCUCCCCAUCGGUCUUGUCGAGGAUGCUGCGGAUGGUCGACAGCUUCUGCUUACGGAACAAAUCGUCCACCGAUGCCACUCGCAUGCCGUUGAGGCCCUGCACAGCCGCCAUCUUCACCAGCUUUCUCCGGCU